CAUUCUUGAUAGUAGAGCAGUAACGUAAACUGCAUCUAGUAGUCACUCAAGGCCCGCACACAGCAGCUCGAUCGCUCACCGCUCAUCACACAACUGCUGCUGCUUUUUCGUCACCUAGGCUGCAAGGUCACGUUGAACUAAUUUGAUAGGUAGCAUCGCGCUGCCUGCGAUCAUUAACAGUGGUGCCUAUUUGGUUUCUUUUGUCGUUUCUCGCUGCCCCCGUUUCACGCGCCCACGCGCGCUGACUGAAUUGCUAUACAAGGAUGGACCCAGAUGCUGCCAAGCGUCUUGGGGCGCCACCCAGCGGCGGGUGCGUCGUGACGAUUGGCGACAUUGCGCCGACCGUCCUCGCCGAACUCAAGCCCCCAAAGCCACCGGCUCCAGCGCCAGCAGCAAAGCCACCUACACCCACCGGCGUCAAGCCUCGAGGUGUGUCGCUGCGGCAGGCCGCGAGUCGCGCUCGCGCAUGUGUGUCCCUCGCAUGUGCGGCUAGUGCGGCACGCCACGCCACGCCCUGAAAGCGCAAUAUGUAGAUAGUUUAUGACCUUGAUCACGUAUAUGCAUUCUUGUGAUGUCGAAAUACUUGGCGACAUGGUUCGUAGACGAGCAGCCUCCUGCAAACUUGCUCGCUCGCCCCAUGCCAGCGGGCCUUGCCUUGCCCGCCAUGGCGGUUCCGCGACUCGGCUUUGGUUGUUCCCGGGCAAGUUUUUAACAAACAGGCGCUGCAAUCAAUCUUCCCCAUGACAGGGCUGCUGAUGCCAACGCUGGCGCUCCUCAUCAUGAUCAUUCCCUUGAUCGCCCUGUGCCUGCCCGUCUACCUCACCUCCGCCAAGCAGCGGGAGGCCGAGCGCGACUCGCAGGCCUUCGUCUGCCAACUCUACACCCAAAACAACCCCUCGCCUCGCGCCUCUGAGGCUCUCGACACCUUCACUUUUCCCGAGGGCCUGUCUCUGGGCGCUCCGCUGUAUGAGACUUGGGUCGUCUGGGCUGUCACCGAGUCCAUCGCCGACAGCUACCCCAACAGUACAGACGCCCGGACGGCCUUGGACGAGGUGCAAGCGAACUUUACGGCCCUCGAGAUCACACACUUCUCCGAGCUCCAGCAGAACUGCAGUGCGGUGGGGGACUAUGUGUGGGGAAGCAAGGCGCUCACGACCCGUCGGCGCUCGGGCGCGAACAGCCUGAAGCACCUGGACCCCGACGUCGCCCCGGCCAUGCGCUACUUUGUGGAACGGCAGCGGCAGCCCCUGGCCCCCAGCUACGACAACGAGACCGGGCAGCUGGUGGAGCCAGACCAGUACGGCAUCGCGCUGGUGGCCGUCAUCAACUCCACACUCGUGAACCUGGACGUAAGCACCAACGCCGCCACGAUGAGCUUCGAGCUGCGUACGGUGUCGUACAGCGACGGGGACGUGCAGGUGGUGGACGAGCGCGGCCGCAUCUCCGCACCGGGGGUCACUGUCAAGUCAGACGUGAGUAGCUGAUGACGUACGGCUGGUGCCAGCAGGGUCCAGCGACAGCCAGGGACGGGCGGGCAAGGUCCUGCCACCAUCCUGUGUGUGUGGCGGGGGGGGAGGGUGGGGUGUGGGCGUGUGGGAGUGGGUGUGUGGGAGUGGGUGUGUGGGAGUGGGUGUGUGGGAGUGGGAGUGGGUGUGGGUGUGGGUGUGGGUGUGGGUGUGGGUGUGGGUGUGGGUGUGGGUGUGGGUGUGGGUGUAUGUGGGUGUACGUGUGGGUGUGGGUGUGGGUGUAGGUGUAGGUGUGUGCGUGUGAGAGAGAGAGAGUGUGUGAGAGUGAGUUGUAUCAAGAACGCAGGUCCAUGUGUAUAUAUGCGCUGGUUUGUGAUGCAUUUUUAUAAUCUCGCCGCCGCGUGCUGUGCAGGUCAUUUCUUCGAGCGGCGCCGGUGACCUUACCAUGAAGACUGGCGACCGUCUGGGUAAGCCAACACGCGUGUCGGUGGUUGGGCUCAAUGAGUCCGCGGGACGAGGCGCUUGUAACGACGGGGAAAC